CCAGCCAAUCCACAAACCGAAUAAUUCCAAACCACCCAAAAAACCAAACUAAACAGAAAACAGAAGAAAAGGAUACUGAGUUACUCUUUCUCUAUCUCAUGGUUCAGCAUUGCUGAAAUUUGUUUGCUUGUUUUUCCUUCCCAUGGAAACCAUUCUUUCUUCUCACUCUCUCUCUCCUCUCCUCAACCCCAAAACCUGCUCUACAACAAAGACUCUUUUGUCCCCCUCACUCAGAUCAAAUUCUCUCUUCUUGGCCAAACCCAUUACUUCAAGCCUCAAGAAGCAGACUUCUCAGUCACUCAAACCAUCUUCACCGAUACCUACAAGCUGGUUUUCUUAUGCUCAACAAGGACUAGCAGCUCUUGCACUCUCUUUGGCUCUCAAUUUUUCCCCAGUCUUGGCCAGUGGCAGUGCACUUGCAUCAGAGUUUGAUAUCCUUAAUGAGGGACCACCCAAGGAUUCCUAUCUUGUCGAUGAUGCAGGCGUGCUUAGCAGGGUUACAAGAACGGAUUUGAGGAAUUUAUUGUCAGAUUUGGAAUCAAGGAAGAACUUACAUAUCAAUUUCAUUACUGUUAGAAAGCUCACAAGCAAAGCUGAUGCUUUUGAGUAUGCCGACCAAGUUUUGGAGCGUUGGUACCCCAGUAUUGAAGAGGGCAACAACAAGGGCAUUGUAGUGCUUGUCACCAGUCAAAAAGAAGGGGCAAUUACUGGUGGUCCUGCCUUUGUCCAAGCUGUUGGAGAGAAUGUCCUUGAUGCUACUGUCUCAGAGAACCUACCUGUCUUAGCUACAGAUGAGAAAUACAAUGAAGCUAUAAUUAGCAGUGCAAAACGGCUAGUUGCUGCCAUUGAUGGACUCCCAGAUCCUGGAGGGCCCACGUUUAAAGAGAACAAACGUGAAUCAAAUUUUAAAAGAAAGGAAGAGACAGAAGAGAAACGCGGACAGUUCUCCCUUGUUGUUGGAGGUUUAUUGGUGAUUGCCUUUGUUGUUCCUAUGGCACAAUACUAUGCUUAUGUUUCCAAGAAGUAAGACUAUAUUUAGAAUUAUAUAAUUUUUCUAUCCAGUCUACUUCUCGUUAAUUACUUUUUCAUGUAUAACAUGAAGUUAUACAGGUGAUCUUGUUUAAAUAAUUGGAAAAAAAAAAAAAAAUUGCAUUCAGAGGCAAAGGGCACAGUUUUUGUUAAGUAUGUAGAAUAUGUAAUGGAGCUAAGUUUUCCAAUUAACUUGGAGUGUCAGAGUUCAUUCUUAA